AUGGCGCGUGCUUUACAGGCGCAGCAUGUUCCAAAUUAUCAAUAUGUCGAGUUUGCCGUUUAUCAGCUCGCGGGAGAGGCCCAGCACUGGUGGCAAGCAGAGUGCCGCUUGCUACAGCUCCAGAAUGCUGAUGUCCCUUGGGAUAUAUUUCAAAUGGCCUUUUAUAAGAAAUAUUUUCCCGAGUCGGCAAGGGAAGCAAAAGAGAUGGAACUAAUGCAGCUGAAGCAAGGGUAUAUCGGGGUGCCCCAGAGACCUAUGAGAGCUGGAAGUGUAUCAAGUACCAGAGGGGGGUUGAAGGACAACAUUAUGACUACUGUGGCCCCAAUGGAGAUUCGUACAUUUUCUGACUUGGUGAACAAAGCAAGGGUGGUUGAGGAGUAUGCCAAGACGGUAGCUGCGUCUAAGGACACUCAUAGAGGGAACACUAGUAAGGGACGUGGCAAGUAUUUCCAUCCGAGAGGUCAAAGCUUCAAGAGAGGAGGAUAUGUGCCUCAAGGUGGAUGUUUCAACUGUGGCUUGCCUGGUCAUAUUGCGAGGGAUUGCACUCGUGGGAAGAACCCGAAUGCGGGUCAAGGCCAACAUCAAGGUCGAGUCUUUGCUGUGAACACCAAGGAUGCUUCCAAGGUAGAUCCGUUGAUGAGAAGUAUAUGUCUAAUUGGUGAUAAAACAUCAACUGCAUUGUAUGAUACUGGAGCAUCGCAUUCGUUUAUUUCAUUUUCUAAAGUUGAAGAACUAGGCUUGAAAGUGUCAGAGUUAGGUUUUGAUCUGCAUGUACAUACUCCGCAUCAGACGGUUAUAACUAGGUCAGGGUGUAGGCAAGUAGGUUUCAAGCUUGAGGGCAGAGACUUUGUGCAUGAUUUGAUUUGCUUACCAAUGGUUGGGUUGGAGAUGAUUUUGGGGUUUGAUUGGUUGUCGAAGAAUCGGGUUUUGUUGGAUUGCUUUGAACGAUCAAUUCAGUUUAUGCCAGAAGGAGAAAAGGGAGCAGUGAUAGCUGAGGGUUACUACCUGAACUCUGUGAUGGUGCAUUGUAGUGGGGAAGAGUGUCAGGGUUAUAUUCUGUUGGCUGCGAACACGUUAGGUGAUAAUCAGGAACUAAAUCAAAUACCGGUGGUUAGAGACUUUCCGGAAGUGUUCCCGGAAGAUAUCCCUAAAUUCCCACCUCAAAGGGAGAUUGAGUUUGCGAUUGAAUUGGUGCUGGGAGCCAAACCAGUAUCGAUUGUGCCGUAUAGAAUGGCUCCGAUAGAGCUGGCAGAGUUAAAGACUCAGUUGGAAGAGCUUCUGAAUAAGAGGUUCAUUUGA